CGUCGCGUUCCGUGUCAGCAGUACCUGGCAGUGGUAUUGGCUGCCCCGCUCGUGUGCAACGAAUCAAUACCUGCUUUGACAGUCUCCUUCCCGAUGCCGGCAUUUCCACCCGUCACAACAACCGUCUUCCCACUCAUGUCUGGCAUGUCGCGAGCAGGAUCCCAGGUGGGCUUGCCGCAGAAGUAGGACUGGCUGACGAGUUCAUAGGUGUUUCGUGGGCUCAGAUGGCGGAUGGAGAAGGGGACGACAUUCCUCAUCGUUCACGGAGACGAAUGGCUCGAGAGUUCGGUAAGAAGAGCAGGCAUGCUUCUGAUACGUUCGACUUUCACAUGUCCGACGGCCUAGUUCUUUGUGUAUUGCGUCACGGUGGCUGUGACGCAUGGGAGUGAGCUCUGGCGGCCGCGUUCGGGGCCCAUCGGACUGGCGCGUUUUCCAUCACCCCCAUGACUGCAUCUUGCAAGCUCAGCGACAAAUUGCGAGAUCGAAUGUGACAGACGUGGACGAGCUCAAGUUUCCGAUCCUCAUUCUGGAGGUUCCGACGCUACUAGCACUCAUGCCCGGGGUCGCUCUUGCUGCUGCAACGGCGCGGUCCUGCAUGCAGCAGCCACAGUGGCGCCCUCAGCCUGCCCAAUUCACUCCACUCGCCCCCAGGCUCUGCCUGAAUAGAGCGGCUCUUCGGCCGAUUGUGCCGAGCUAGACUAUAAAUGCGAAAUCUAUUGCUUGCACCGGCUCAUUUGGACCAUGCCCACUCUGCUCCCUGCUUCCACCCGCCUGCGCCAGCUCAUCAGCCGUGAAGGGGAGAUCGUGGUGCUGCCUGGUGUCUAUGAUGGGAUCUCUGCCCGGGUCGCGCUGAGCGAGGGUUUUGAAGGUCUGUACAUGACCGGCGCCGGGACAAGUGCAAGCGCUCUGGGACAACCUGACCUCGGGGUGACUGGUCUUCGCUAUCCGCUGAUGAUGUCUUCUCAAUCUUUAGAUAGCUUGUGACUCUCAACGAUAUGGUUAUGAAUGCGUCAAUGAUCGCAGGUCUGCAGCCCGGUGUGCCGGUGAUCGCUGAUGCAGACACGGGAUUCGGAGGGGCGGCAAUGUGCGCGAGGACGACAGCUUUAUAUGCUCGUGCAGGCAUAGCUGGUUUCCACAUCGAGGAUCAAGUCCAGCAGAAGGUACGCUCAAUGUCCACCGCUGAUGGGAUUCGUGUUCACUUCCAAACCCAGCGCUGCGGCCAUUUGAGCAACAAGCAACUCGUCCCCCUGCCAGAUUACUUGACUCGCAUCCGGGCUUGCGUCCAAUCACGCGCACGGUUGCAAUCAGACAUCCUCAUCAUCGCCCGCACCGACGCAGUUCUCUCCGAGGGACUCGCGCAUGCGCUUGAGCGCUGCAAGGCAGCCUUGGAUCUGGGCGCCGACGUUGCCUUUGUCGAAGGAUUGCGGUCACGUGCAGAGGCCGAAGAGGCAAUCCGCUUUCUGGCGCCAGCACCCGUCUUGCUCAACCUCGCGACGAACGGCGUCACACCGAACUGGACUGUCAGGGAAGCGCGCGAGAUGGGCUUCAAGCUCGUCAUCUUUCCGUGCGCUGGGAUGAUUCCCGCUGCAUUGGCUGUGCGCAAAGCUUACAGAGAGAUUCGGGAGCAGGGAACGGACGCCAGCAGCUGUGAAGGGGUCGGCCCCAAAGGUUUCUUCGAGAUGGUCGGCUUGGACGAGGUCCUCGCCCUCGAUGCCGAAGCCGGGGGCAACGUUACGUUGGAUUGAAUAACGAACGGCAGUCGAGUCCAUAUCCUUAUCUCGGACUCGCUGCUUUCGCGUGGUAAGAAACGUAGGUAGACCACCUCGCACGUUAUGUGUUCCCGGAGACUUGAUUCUCGCACACGACGACCCUUCAGAGCUGGAAUCUGAUAGAGAUAACACGCUCCUCCCGAAUCCCGGUUGGCAGGCGGUGAUCAGAUGGAAGGAUUUCACAUGAGUUUCGGUUUGACACCCGACGAUGCGUGCCACGCCCUUGCGGGGCGGACUAUGACGAUCUGUCAUCAUGCGCGCUGUGUGGGCACGGGCAGUCGCUGCCGGUAGUCUAAGCGAGGGGACGGGGAGGCCAGGAAGGGUCGAGCUCGGACUCGGUCUGCACUGGUUACCGGCAGAAUAUUGGAGAGCGCGCCAACUGGUCUUUGUUGUGGCAACGUCAAUCCGCAACGAGGAGGGCGCACGGCAUGGACGCCACCACAUUUGAACGCCCGAUGAAUCCCAUUGGGCACGAAUAAGGAGGCUUAAAGAGUUUAUCGAUAUUGCCACGCCCGUUGCACCUCUGCAUCGGUGGAGAUCCUAUGAGAUCGGGAGGCCGAUCGCAUUGCCACGGCCACGGAAGCAAACUUCAAUCCGUUUUUGCCUCCGCGGGAAGAUUCCAGAUGCCAUCCAGAUUCAAAAACACGCAUAACAUUGCGUGAGCACCAGAUGCGUCAGCGCCUUAAACGAGAUGAAUGACUCCAAGUGGAUAGCUGACAAUGGCUAAGCAAAAAAUAUCCGUCAUGAGCCAGUAGGUUCGACAGCAUUCCAGAGGCUGGGCCGCGCAGAUACAGAUCAUGUCCAGCCCCGCUACCCUCGGUGAAUUGGCGUCAGCAACGACAGCGACAAGAGGCAAGUAGGCAAGUUUCAAGGUUCUGCGGUGCUGCCUUGGGCAAAGGGCAUUCCAGCCAUCACUUCGGUGUGAUCGGCUAAGUAGCACGAGGCUCUCACCUCUCGUACUCAUCUACGCGAUAUCUGCGUAUUUUGUACGACUUUACAGUGCAGACGCGGCCUCAGGUGAACGCUCUAGAAGGUGCAAGUGCAGGGACUCGGUGGAUAGGUCAGCCGACCGAGUCAAAGCGCCCGAUUCGUCAGCCUCGGAGUUUUCAGCUGCUUUCCUUUUUAGCGUAUCCCCGAUCAUUAAAUAUAUAACUCAUGAUCGCGACACACUAACCGAGAUUUGCCCUUGCCCUUUCAAUUCUUUUUUCUUUCUGCUCGUCGAGGGCGUCAGGCUGGUCUAUGCUGACCCUCACCCCAGGCUCGUCCUGCGACGUUUGCGCAGAUGAAUACGGGCCCCAUUGUCUCCCCCAUUCUAUCCCGUGUGGCCAUGUUCUUUGCGCCAGCUGCUGCAACAACAUCGCCCAAAAGACCUCCCGCGCCUCUCCUGCCUGCCCUUUCUGCAGAGAAACCUUCAACACCGAUGCCGUCCGCCUUAUUCGAAUGGACUUCAAUACAAGUGGGUGGACGACCCCCCGGCGAGUUCCCGACAUAGCAGCCCCCGCGCCGGACUUGAUGACGGAUGCCUGGCUGAAGAGGCUCAUGCAGCCGGAUGGCUCUUCUCGUUCACGUCAGGACGCUCGCAAGCUCGAGGCUAAGGUUGCGAAGGUCGCUGGGAAAAGAUGUUCCGUAGAGGAAGUUACUGCGCUCCACAAUGAACUGCAAGAUUGGCUCAUGAACGAGACCAAGCCAGAAGACGAUAUCUCGGCCUUGACACUCAGUGCUGCCCUCCUCCGCGCUAUUCUUAUGAACCAUGUCGCACACUCGGAUGCUAGCCGCAACUCUAAAAUGGUCGAAGCCACAAUGAAGGCACGGCUCGACGAGCUGGAGGCUGCAAAUAAUAGACUGGAUGCCGAAUUAAAGCGACAACGUGCCGCUUACAACCAAAAGAUACAGGAAUGCCAGGGUCUGCGGCAGGAGCUGGCUCGGCUCAAGGUGGUGCCCAGCACACCCUCCUCACCGCCGAUGCCGACCUCCGUCAUGCCUGAACCCAAUCGUCACCGAUCACCAUCCCCACCACCUGUGCGAUCUCCGUACAGCUCCCCGCCACCGACGAUGCCGCGCUAUGGCACCCACAUGCGGACAUCAUCGAUCUCUUCCGCCUCGCAAUAUGCGACGCGCCCCACCACGCCUUCUCCCGCCCAUCAGAGAUCGCAAACCCCAGGACCUCUUUCGUCCGCUUCAGCCGCAGCAGCGCGUGCACAGACACCCGCUGCUCGUUCUCAGACGCCCGGGCCCAAUAUGCUAGCCCGCGCGAGCAGUGUGCGGAUGGAGGUCUCGCCGACCCGAUCCGCCACUCCCGCACCCAAUCUAGCGUCGUCGAUUCCCCGCCCGAUGUCUCGUGCGGGCGCCACGACGCCAACCCAAACACGGCAUACUUCGCUGAGCGCGCGUUCCAAGACGCCUGCGCCGGUUGCGCCGAUGCAAAUGGCUCCGCAGCGUCAGCGACGCAUGUCACAGCCCGUACCACCCCCUGUCAUUGUCCCGAGCAUCACUCGCUCGAUCAGCGACGAAAAACACGACGCGCAGAUGUUCGCGCUGUGGAAGCCGAACACACGACCGAACUCGCCCGACGAAAUCAAAAAGUUCCACCACUCGUCUAGCCGAUCACCGUCACGUAAUGGCCCUGCUAUGCACGGCUUCCGCCUGUCGGUUGAGGAUGACUACUGAUCUGCGAGCGCUAGGCUUGCUAAUCCAUGACCGCAAACGAUACCCCGAUGACCCUGACUGACCUUUCACGAUUACGCCCUUUGACGCUUGCCCCACGCUUGAAUUACGCUCUGACUACGACUCUGCCGCCCCGGCUCCGAAACCCGUUCUGUUCUAUAUCACGCUGAUGACCAUUUUUUAUCCUCCCUGCUUCCGAUCUCGGAAGCCUGCAUGCCCUUUGUAGCCACCUUCUCACCUCGGAUACCAUUGCACGUACAUACCAGCCAUUUGACACUUGUUUAUCGAACACGCCCGGGCUCCUUCGUUUUCCCACGGCCCUGCGGUGGAUCAGACACUCUCCGUUUAUUCGUUAUCUGUCACGUAUAUUCCCGGACUCCUUGUAGCAUCUAGUUCAUAUAGACGACCCGCACGUAUUUAUCGGGCUGCGCCUGUUAGCCGGCCCGGUCCCCCGAAAGUACCAUACCUUCACCUAGCACAUAAUUCGCUCGGAAUGCAUCUUCUUUUUUACUCCAGA